AUGCCCCUCGUCCCACCACCGUCAAUCUGGCUGCUGCGGCCACCGGAGAUCCUUAGGUCCGCCAAGCCCCCCUUACCUAUUGGGCAAAACACGUUUGUCGUGCUGGAGAGCCUCUCUGAAAACCUCGAAGUCCCAUCGCUUCCUGUCAAUAUUGGUGACGGCAACGUCCGAAGUCAUCCCAUUGGCAACCAUGCUUCAGAGGGUAUAUCAUACUUAUCCAGAGUACAAGAAUCCAGUGCGAAAGAGAGAAUUGGGAGUCCUAUUUCUAGGAUCCAUCCGGUGAAAUCUUCUUUGACCCCAUCUGUUGCUGAUUCAGUGUUCUUGGAAAGGACUAGAUCACGAGUUAGGCAUUGGAUGAAUGCAUGUAAAGAUCCAAUUCCAACGAAGGGAACUGAUGAUGCUCUUGUCAAAUCACUGAGGAAGCUUAUCUUAGGUGAAAUGUAUGGGUCAAGACCAUGCAUGAGUAUAGAUGUUUGCAGUGAACGUCAAGUGGAGCUGGUGCUGGAGAUGUUGAUUGAGUUCUCUGAUCUUAUACCUCUAAUUAUCCCAGACAAAAGUGGGGGACCCGGGGCAGUACGAGUAGUACUGACAAGUUCUGAAGAGGACAAGAAACUUCUUGAGAGGGAGCUUGAAAAUCUUGAAGAGGAGGAAAACAAGCGAGUUCGUGGCUUUCGAGAGGUGAUCGAUGCAAUAUCAGUGUCCCAGAAGCCUAUUGUUGCCUACAACUGUCUUACUGAAUUUACAUUCAUUCAUUCAAAAUUCCUUGCUUCUCUGCCUCAGAGCAUGAGUGAGUUCAUGUGCUCCUUGCGCUUUGCUUUUCCAUGCAUCCUUGAUGUCAACUAUUUGUUGAAGGAAAUUGGUCCUCUGAAAAAGGCAAAAAACUUGCCAGCUGCGAUGUCCUACUUGAAGAGACAAUUCUUUAUGCCCCUUGACAUGGAACUUCCACACCAAGGUUUCUCAGAGCAGGAACAUGAAAGGAUGAACCAUGGGCAUAAUGUUCUAAGAAUAACACAGUCGUUUGCCAAACUCUGCUUGAUACUGAAAGUAACUCCUGGUACUAACCAAACAGUGAAUGAUGAUCUGGAUAAUUCCUUGGAAAGCUAUUCAAAUAAUUUCAAUCCCUUCUGUACCAGUCUCCAAGAAUCAAUUGAUGCAGAAGGUAUUGUGUGGAUGGAUAAUACGAGAAAAGUGAGCACUGAAGACCUAGCUUUCGUGUGGGGAUUCAGAAGUGGGAUGUCUGCUGCAGUAUUGAAAAGCAUAUUCCGUGGAUCCCAUGAUGUGUUCUCUGAAGAUUUUGAGGUUCGGUUAGUGGACAAAAGUUGUGCUAUUGUAGUUUUCUGGACACCUGGUUCAGUUGAGGUCUUACUUAAUGUGCUGGGUUCUGGGGCGGUUGGUUCUGGUGGUCUGAAGGAAAUGAUUUCAGAAGGUCUUAGAGGAGCUGGCUAUGAGUUAUAUAAGAGAAUCUGCAGAUUAGGUUUAUGGGAAUCAAAUUUAGCUGAAUCAUUGGACAGAGCCUUGGAAGAGCCUAUCCCUGAUGUACUGGGAGCCGAUUCCACAAAAGAUUUGUCAGAGAUAUACUGGAGCAAUGAUUCUGUGAUUAAACUUGAAGAUCUUUGAUAUAAAAUUUUUCCGUCUCUUGUGAAAGGCAUAAAAGGGUUAUGAUGCUGAUUGCAGAGUUCAUGAACUGAUAAGGCAGAGGAUUUCAUAUAUCAUUAAAUCAGAUCCUGGGAGAUUUAGUGGAUAAACAAAUCUACUCAGAUGGGAAUGAAAAAUAAUUAUUUUUUUAAUUUAUUUUUUGUAAAAUUUGAAACACAUUGAAAAGCAAGUUAACAAGGAAAUGCUGUUACGAGAA